UCGUUUCCGUUUUAUUCUUCUUUUUCAGUCUCGUUUUGCUCUCUUCACUGCUAUGGUUUUACUCUCUGACCAAAACGGCGUCGUUUUUUCGGAGCUUAACUGCACUAAAAAAAAUCACACUUCACUGUUCAGUUGGUUGUUAGUUAGUUAGUUAGUUUAUUCUGUUUUAUUCCGUUAUUGCUCAGUGUGUUAGCGAAGUUGUGAACUAGGAACUCCAUUUGAUUUUGAGGAUAAGGAUUGUUUUUGUUGGUUGUCCAUAGUAUCUCUCGGCCUGGUAGGCUAACGACUAAUCCGUCGGGAUCUGAGUUCUAUUUAAGGGUCUGUCGCUGGCCAUGCAUAAGGCGAGAUUCGAAGCCUGACACUUGUUUAAGUGGACGAAUUAGUGGUUUAAAAGGCAUGGUUGACUGCUUCAUAGAAGAUGGAGAACAAUGGUAGCAAUUCAAAUUCCCAUCAGAAUCACACUGAAAACAGUUCAGCUGAUGCAAGCAAAGAGAAGAAAGAUGUUUUUGUAAACCAUGCUGAGAUAGCUUGGCAUCAAAUGAGGAAGGAAUGGGUUGGUAAUCAGUCUAAAAAAUUGCAGAGAUCACUGAAAGAUUCAAUUAUGAGCUUGACAACUAGUUAUGAGGAUAUGCUUUUAUCUACAGAAGCUUUUCCACUGCCAAUUCCAUUAGCUGAUAUGGUGGAUUUUCUUGUGGACUUUUGGCAUGAUGGGGGUCUCUAUGAUUAGAUGACAGGUAAUUUUAUUGUAAAUUUCAAGUUAAGAAUGUUGCGCACGGUUUUGUUUGUGCAGAUUGAAGCUGAGGGAAACACAUUACAGAUUGAUGGACAAAACCAUAGCAUGAUUGAUUCUCUUGGCAGCACAGACAAGCUUCAUUUAGAUUAGUUGUUGCUAUUAAGCAUUUAUCUGCCUAACCAUAAUUUUGUACAAGAACAGAUUCUUCUUAAUAUUCAGUGACCAAUGUCUAUGUUUUAAUGGGAUGUGAAACCAAAAGUAGCUGUUUAAUAUAAGUUGUUGGAAAAGUCUAAGAGCCAGCAACUUUGUUAAAUUCUGGCCAGCAUGUAACCAGCAAAGAAAAGUGAGUCAUUGGAUGAAAUCGCACACCAUUAAAAUCAUCAUUAAUGGCUAUUUGAUGACUACAAAUCACAAAAGUUGUUGGCCCCCUAGCAUUGCUCGUUGUUGUUUGUUCAAAUUCUGCAU